GUGGUGGUGAUGUCAUCAAAACUUGACACAAUGAAAAAUGAAAAUGAAAAAUGUAUGACCACUAUAAAUAAUAUUAAAAAACAUGAACAAAUGUCACAGUUUUUCAAAUAAUAAUGUAAUAAAUUUGAAUAUUUUUAAAUAUAAAUUAUAUUCAAUAAUUGUUGAAACGAAGGAAUAAAACACAAGUUUAAAUGCUUUUACCGGUGCAUGUAUGGAUUUGAACCACUCUGGUAUAAAUCCAAGCGUAUAAACGAGGGUUUUUUAAGAUUCUGUCCUCAAUUCAUCAUGUUUCACUUAGAGUUACACUGCUGUCAUGACACCAGUAUGCUACAUCACUGCGCGAGUAGAUUCUGUAAUAUGAUGGUCACACAAACCCAGUGACCAGUGCGACAAUAGCCGGAUGAAAAUAAUUUCUGAUACAAAUUUAUAGUUUUAAAAGCCAGUAUCACAUGUUACACCUUAAAUUGAACUACUGUGCAAACUGUCUCUGUAUUUGACAGACAAGAUCCCUGAAUCCACUGGGAAUUUAGUGUAGGUGCUUCGUGAAAAAUAACGUUAAACAAAAUCAGCACAAUAUGAUAUAAUCCUGAAACCAACCCAUCACCGAAACCAGCUGAUAAAGAUUUCCAUAAAAUGCAUGUGCAGCAUAUAACCAUUUUGACAUAGUGCCAGGAUAUACAUGUACAUCACGUGGUCACAUGGCGAUCUCUCAUUGGACAAUAACCUACAGUGAUGCUUUAAUUUCAUAUGCUGGAUCGUCACAGAUGGCUAGAAACUAGACAGCACCAUGAGUGUAAGCUACGAAGGUGAGAAAAGCUUCAACAUCCACGCCGACGGCGACACGGAGAAACCAGAAGUUGUUGACGUCGCGGUUCUGUCUGUGAAAGGCUCGCAGGUUAUAGUGGUGACAGACCACAACAAUAACUGUCUCAAAUCUUUCUACACCAAGGACGGCCGGAAACAGAAUUCACAGGUAAAAACCAAAGAAAAGCCCCUAGGUCUAACAAAACUUUCAUCAAACAGGGUUGCUGCAGCCGUAUGGCCAAAUCGUAUAGUCCUGGUCGAGGCAACUCCAGACCUUCAACUCCUGUCCAGUCUCCAGACAUGCAAGCAGUACCGUGGCCUGGCGGCUCUGCCGGAUUUAACAUUGGCAGCAGCUACUCUGUCUGGGUACAUAGACAUCCUGGACGUUAAUGGAGACGUCCUGAAGUCCAUCUCUGUCCCGAUCACAGAUCAGAAAAUCGAACCUGUGUCAUAUUUUCUCCACUCAUCACUGAGCACCAAUAUUCUGGUGUCGGACUAUGGAUCAAAGUCUGUCUAUUGCUUCUCAUCGGAGGGAAGAGUUGUCUUUACUUACACACCCAGAGGGGAGACCGAAUUGAAAGAACCUCGCGGAAUUGCCGUCACGACAUCUGGGGACAUCCUCCUGGCCGACUGGGCCGCUAAUGUCAUAACGCACCUGACAGAAGAUGGUCUGUUUGAAAAGAACAUUUUAUCUCGUGAAGACGGAAUAGCGAAACCCUUUGGAUUAUGUGUAGAUGAUGAGGAUCGCCUUUACGUCUGUCUUCCGGGUGGUGAAGUCAAAGUGUUCAGGCGAACGUAGUUCACAGAUGAGUGGUUGGGUUUAACGCCGCUUUCAACAGUAUUCCAGAUAUAUCACGGCAUGUCAGAUUAAUGUGGAAGGAAAGCCUGAAGUGAUGCAGGUCUCAGACGUUUACCACUUCGGUGAAACCCACGGGUAUGGUGCUGACAAACCUAGAAACAUAAUCGGGGCGAAUCGGGAUUCGGAGAGACAAUCAUAUGUUUCUGGCGAGCCCAAAGGACGCAACUCUGCACAGCGACCACCCGUGUCCCAGUUCACAGAUGAACUUCUGGCAGUGUUCCCUGGCUCGUCUUUGCACCUGUACAUCAACAAUGUUAGGACAGAUAGUAGUGAAAGGACAAAAAACAUCAUUUGAAAAAGAAUCGCUUUGUACGUUUGGUGCGUAUCCCGUUUGGGGUCAUUUUUGUUCUUGUUUAACGCCGCACUCAGACACUCAGACGCCGGACCAGACAAUCCAGUGACUGACAUAAUGAACAUCGAUCUUGGAUACGACGACAUGCAUCAACCAAGUCAGCGAGCCUGACAACUCGAUCCCGUUACCACAAGCAUGGAUAGCUGAAAAUCAAUUCUAGCCAGGAUAUUUACGUCUCGCAUAUCCUGUAGCCCAAUAAAUGGAGUAGAAUUGUAAGUCAGAGAAUGAUAAUCAACUGAAUUACAUAGUAUAGUCCAAAGGGGACAGCAUAUUGCUAAAAAAGGAUGAUUUGAUAACGUUCAAUAAUUGUCCAUGAACCAGUUUCCUCCCGUUGAUUUACCAACCCCAUCUUGACAUGAGCGAGGCCGGUGAAACAGCCUCAUCUAUUUCAUAUUUAGGUCUAUGCAUAAAAUGACAAAAAAAUA